CGCGGCCGGGCUCGACCAUUGCUGCGGGCGCGGGGAGCAGGGGCCGAGCCCGCACGGCAGCGACUUGCCCGGGGCUCCGCAGCGGGCUCUGCUCCUGCGACUUCAGCACCGCGGCGCUGGACAGCGCCCGCCGGAGCGGGGCUCCGCGCCGCUGAACGCCCGCUGCGGUCGGGGGCGCGCAAGGGCGGCGGCGCCUCGGGGAUCCCCUCGGGCAUCGGCCCCAUCGCUGAGCCGGCUCGCCUCGAGGGGGCUGGGCAGCAGCAGGAUGCUCCUCAAGCUGGCGGUUGCGGUGCAGGUGCUGUCGCUGAUGGCAAGCCAGCUGCAUGGCUUCCCGAAACCCGGAGGCAAAGAUAAAGGUAUACACAACAGACAAUUAAGUGUAGAAAGACCUUUGGAGGAACAGAUUGCUGAAGCUGAGGCAGACAAGAAUAGGAAAAUAGUUCCAGCAGAAAACAAGCCAGAGUUCAGAAAUUAUUCCUUUGUUGAUGACUUGAAUCUACUAAAGUCAGUAGCAGAAAGAGAAAGGAAUGAAAAAGAGAGGGAGACAAUUAGAAGCUCCUUGUAUGGACAGAAACUGACUACUGAUGAUGUAGACUCCACCAAGAACCGCAGGCUUGUGGAUGACUAUGACUCUACUAAGAGUGGACUGGAUUAUAAAUUUCAAGAUGAUCCAGAUGGCCUCCAUCAAUUAGAUGGCACUCCUUUGACUGCUGAAGACAUUGUCCAAAAAAUUGCUGCAAGAAUUUAUGAGGAAAAUGAUAGAGGAGUGUUUGACAAGAUCGUUUCAAAACUUCUAAAUCUGGGUCUGAUUACAGAAAGCCAGGCCUAUACCCUGGAAGAUGAAGUGGCAGAGGUUUUACAGCAGUUAAUUGCAAAUGAAGCAAAAGAUCGUGAGAAGGAGUCUGAAGAUUUUGAUUAUCCUCCAAGCAGAGCAGACAGUGAUACAAAAGAAAAGCAACAGGAGAAAAUGACACCAAGCAAAGCUGAUCAGGAUAGUUUCGUUAAUGGAGAAAUUGAUGAUACGCUGGAUAACACCUGGCCAUCAUCUAGUAUCUUGGAAAGAAGAAAUGAGCUGCCUUCUGAAGAUAAUUUUGAAGACCUCCAGUACUUCCCAAACUUUUAUGCCCUGUUAAAAAGUCUUAAUUCAGAGACAGAGGCAAAAGAAAAGGAGACUUUGAUAACUAUCAUGAAAACCCUGAUUGAUUUUGUGAAGAUGAUGGUUAAAUAUGGAACAAUCACACCAGAAGAAGGAGUUUCCUAUCUGGAAAACUUAGAUACAAUGAUAGCGGUGCAGACAAAGAAGAAGCUUGAGAACCCUUCCCCUAAAACCAAAGCAAAGCUACCAGCAGAUAAGAGUAGUGAAGAAACAGACAGUACAAAGGAAGAAGCAGCUAAAAUGGAAAAAGAGUAUGAAAUCUCAAAGGAUUCCACAAAAAAUGAAGAACAAAAUGCAGCAGGAAACAAUGAAGAGCCCAGAGGGAAAGCUGAGGCAUAUUUGGAAGCAAUCAGGAAGAAUAUAGAAUGGCUAAAAAAACACAACAAACAAGGUAACAAAGAAGAAUACGAUCUUUCAAAGCUGAGAGAUUUCAUUGAUCAGCAAGCUGAUGCUUAUGUGGACAAGGGCAUCCUGGACAAGGAAGAGGCUGAUGUAAUUAAACGCAUAUAUGGCAGCCUGUAAAAAGCUGGUGGCCGCUGAAUGUAGAAAACUAGUAUAGCUUCCCCCACUCCCAGCUCAAUGACUAAUGAUCUGUUAUUUUGAGGAUAUCAUUAGAAGUGUUCUGUUUACAUUGUACUGACAACUUUUUAGACAGCAGUGAAGAGCUGUAGUGCUCUGUACACUGACUGCACACUGUAUUUUCCAACACUUACAUGUCAAUCCUAAAGGCCAAAUUCUUACAUUGAAUUUCUAUUUGACAAGGUAAAUAUUUAUGUGAUGUUCUCUUCGAUUUAUUAUUUGUGUUUGAUUUAUUUUUUAGAUAAACCAAUAGUUUCUGAUGUGAAGUUCAUUUAAUGCUACAUCAUUUUGCUCUCACUCCACUAGCUUUCUAGAGAUGCAACUAUGUAAAGGGCAUUAUUACAAAGUAGUUCAUAGUUCUCUGAAUAAAAUAUUUGAAAAUAAUUUUCCUAAUAAUGUGUUCAUUAAUCAUAUUAUUUUAUAUCCAGAAAUCUUGUUUUAAAAACCUAGUACCAGGAUUUCCUGACCAUAUAUGUAUUUCUUUGUAUGGCAUUCUGUAACUUCGAGUAUAGUGUCUUUAGCUAACUAACACAUCUUUGAUAAUACAAUUGCCUUUCAGAUUGAAUGAAAGAGCUGUAUUCUCCCUGAUUUUUCUUUACUUAGCUUGUAUUAAAUAUUCACUUUUUGGUGCACCUUUUGAUGACUGUGCAUGCAUAAUUAGUUGAAUUCCUGAUGCGAGUAGCCUGAUAACGAACAUAAAUAGCCAUUAAUUUAUUUUAAAAACAAAGGAAAGCAAAGCAAAUCGAGUCAUUUUGCAGGAGAAGGGGAGGCUGCAGCUAGAGAUGUGUUCAGGAAUAGAGGCCC